CUAUUAUUCCAUUAGUUUAGAUUCAACACAUUUCUCUCCUGCUCUGAAUAAUAUAGCCUCCUCAGUCAGGAUCCUAACCACAGGUUGCUAGGGUGGUUACUAGGAGGAGCUUCCUCAGUCAGGAUCCUAACCACAGGUUGCUAGGGUGGUUACUAGGAGGAGCCUCCUCAGUCAGGAUCCUAACCACAGGUUGCUAGGGUGGUUACUAGGAGGAGCCUCCUCAGUCAGGAUCCUAACCACAGGUUGCUAGGGUGGUUACUAGGAGGAGCCUCCUCAGUCAGGAUCCUAACCACAGGUUGCUAGGGUGGUUACUAGGAGGAGCCUCCUCAGUCAGGAUCCUAACCACAGGUUGCUAGGGUGGUUACUAGGAGGAGCCUCCUCAGUCAGGAUCCUAACCACAGGUUGCUAGGGUGGUUACUAGGAGGAGCCUCCUCAGUCAGGAUCCUAACCACAGGUUGCUAGGGUGGUUACUAGGAGGAGCCUCCUCAGUCAGGAUCCUAACCACAGGUUGCUAGGUGGUUACUAGGAGGAGCCUCCUUAGUCAGGAUCCUAACCACAGGUUGCUAGGGUGGUUACUAGGAGGAUGCUCCUCAGUCAGGAUCCUAACCACAGGUUGCUAGGUGGUAACUAGGAGGAGCCUCCUCAGCGAGGAGAUCUGGACUGAUGCUGUCUGAUCAGUGCUAUCUAACACCCAUACUAGGCCUGAAUACCAUUAUCAGCACCCUGGUUUGAUAUCUAGCCCUGCUGACUGACAUGGAGGAUUAAAACCCGGCUAGCUAGUAGCUACGUUAUCCAGGUAGGUUGUUGUGUGUACUGGUACCGGCUGAAAAGCACCACUAUUGUGUGGUAUCAAAAUUGUCGAGCCGAAACCCAAGUUUAAUCCCUUUCACGGUGUCCUCUUUGUGAAAAAUGAACCUUUUGACAAUCAAUGCAAAUUGAUUUCUCCAUUCAAUGUUGACCUGCCUGCACCUCUGCAUCGGCCAUGGUAAUUUCUUUCCCCACCUGAUAAGCAACCUGAUCCAUAUUAAAUCAAUUGUAAUUAGCUGGUGGAAGGGACUGGGCAGGUGUGUGUAGAGAGGAGGGGAGAGUGUGUAUUUGUGUGUGCACCGUGUGUGUGUGUGUGUGUGUGUGUGCGUGUGUGUGUGUGUGUGUGUGCGUGCGUGUGUUGUGGCGUAGACAGACAUGCAUAGCUGAACAGGAGCAAGAGAGUAGGAACACAUCCUGGUUAGGGGUUGAUUGCUCUUGUCUGCCACACACCAGCCAGCCUGUAUUUCUGUAUUUGGAGAGGGAAGCAACAGGUAAUGCAGUCAGACACCUGACAAAGACACCUGACAAAGCUGCUCUGAACUUUACAUUUUAUUACAUUGUUCUAAGUGCAUUUUCCACAUGAACACAUGGUCACAUGGUCACAACACAUGGUCACAUGGUCACAAGGUCACAACACAUGGUCACAUGGUCACAUGGUCACAACACAUGGUCACAUGGUCACAACACAUGGUCACAACACAUGGUCACAUGGUCACAACACAUGGUCACAUGGUCACAACACGUGGUCACAUGAUCACAACACGUGGUCACAUGAUCACAACACGUGGUCACAUGAUCACAUGGUCACAACAAGUGGUCAGAGCACAUGGUCACAACACAUGGUCACAUGGUCACAACACAUGGUCACAUGGUCACAACACAUGGUCACAUGGUCACAACACAUGGUCACAUGGGGAUAAGGAAUACAAAUGUUAAAAUUAAAGCAUAGUAAUCUAUGAAACAUAAUUGACAUAAAACGUCAUGAUACAAUAACAUACAGUCGUUGUUUUCUAAGAGCACAAUCGGUGUUUCAUGGCCAUUUUCAGGCUAUGCACUGUGAGAGGAUGAAUCCUUUGCAAUCCUAUAAACCUUUGCAUCCUAUAAACCUGAAUUGAGUGCAUGAGCAGCAGAGUAUGAGAGGUGGAGAGGUGGGACAAGCCAGACCAUGGUCCUGGAGAGGUGGGACAAGCCAGACCAUGGUCCUGGAGAGGUGGGACAAGCCAGAUCAUGGUCCUGGAGAGGUGGGACAAGCCAGACCAUGGUCCUGGAGAGGUGGGACAAGGCAGACCAUGGUCCUGGAGAGGUGGGACAAGCCAGACCAUGGUCCUGGAGAGGUGGGACAAGCCAGACCAUGGUCCUGGAGAGGUGGGACAAGCCAGACCAUGGUCCUGGAGAGGUGGGACAAGGCAGACCAUGGUCCUGGAGAGGUGGGACAAGCCAGACCAUGGUCCUGGAGAGGUGGGACAAGCCAGACCAUGGUCCUGGAGAGGUGGGACAAGCCAGACCAUGGUCCUGGAGAGGUGGGACAAGGCAGACCAUGGUCCUGGAGAGGUGGGACAAGCCAGACCAUGGUCCUGGAGAGGUGGGACAAGCCAGACCAUGGUCCUGGAGAGGUGGGACAAGCCAGACCAUGGUCCUGGAGAGGUGGGACAAGGCAGAUCAUGGUCCUGGAGAGGUGGGACAAGGCAGAUCA